AAAUUUUGUAUUUGUAUAUUUAUAUAUGAAAAUAUAUUUAUUUUUUCUGUCUUCGCUCGAAUUUUUUUAAAACUAUAUUAUUUUUUAAUAUUAUAGACAAACAAUAUAGGAGUUAUUAAGUUCCUAAAUGCAAUGACGAGUAAGGUUUAAAUUUCCCGCGUAUUUUGUAUUCUUUUAUGAAUCAGUCAUGCAAGUACGUACUACAAUAGAAGAGAAAGAAAUAGAAGUUGUGUGUGAGUGAUAUAUGAAUGUAUUACUUAACUCACACAUGCAUGGUAUAUCGCUUGAUGUACUUCCGCGUUGCUCCGAAAAUUUGAAAGUUGUCCGUUGGGUAUAUAGUAAACAUUUGAAAAAAUAAAAUAAUAAUUAUAAUAAUAAAUUUACAUCGCGUAAAAAUGCAGAAUAAUUCAACUGGACGUAGAUCGUCCACAAAUCCGGUAAGAGUUUCCAUGAUCGAUAAAAGGGAUAAAACUGAUUCAAGAAGAACGUUAACGUUAAAGACGAAGACUUCUUUUUCUGCUACCGAUGUAUCUCAUAUUCCCAGACCUCGUAUGAGAAGUUCUUCAUGCGAUCCGACGAAUAAUGGACGUUCCUAUUUAAGGAGUACUGGUAAAAGUCUGCUUCAUCCUCCUACAACUCCAGUCACACCGUCGACUAAUGCUCGUAGGCUUAAUACAAUAGGUUUAUCAACCGGUCGAAGAACACCAUCUGGAGAUCGUGUCAGUAAUAUUGGUGCCAAAGGGGCUCGUAAAGAUACGCGACAUUUGAUAGAUAAAAAUUAUCAAGCUCAUAUGCUUAAUAAGAUAGAUUCUUAUAUCCAUCAAAUUCAAUGUUCUUCCAUGUUAAACAAUAGCGGCAGUUUGAAACCUAUUACAUUGAAAAUGUUUGUUGAAGUUUCUGAUUUAUUGGUAAAACUUAUUGAUCCUAAGCAAGCUUUAACUCUUGCCAAUUAUAUAGAAGAAUUACCAAAAAUUGCAAAGAAAUUACAUUAUCCUGGAAUUAUUACAAAAUCAUUAUUAAAAACAGCAAAUACUGCUCAUUCCUGGCCUUACGUUUUAGGCUGGUUAUGUUGGUUGGUGGAAGUUUGUGAAGUAAAAGAUUUGGCAUAUAAUAAUUUUCAAUUAAAUAAUUUACCAUUUAUAGGAACAGAGCAACAAAUGAAAGAUAAUCAAAAUGCAUUUUUUUUUAUGCUAAGCAUGUAUAAUGCUUGGAAUGAUGAAAAACUCGAUGAAGAAGCAACUCUUGUCAAUGAAUAUUUACAAGAGAUUGAAAAACAACAAGGAGUUACUGAAGAUGAUUUAACAGAAGCGCAUGAUUCUUUAAGCAGAGAAGAGCACAACUUCCAAGAGAUUGAACAAAAAUCAAAAGAAAUUGAUGUGGAAGUUCAAAACCUAAAAGAUAUUUUAAUGUCUCUUCAAGAUGAUGCAGGUAAACAGACUAGUGAUAUUAAAGCACAAGAAGAGUAUAUAAAGAAUCUUAAUAUCGAAACAGAACAGUUAGACAUCCAAAACAAACAUUUGUGUGAAAGAAUACAGAUACAGAACAAACAACGUACAGAAUUACUUUCUAUAGUAAAAGAACAACCCAUGUCAAAAACAGAAAAAGAUAUGAUACUGAAUAAAUGUUUAGAACUUCAAAACUAUAUGCAUCAAUUUGAUGAACAUUUGAAAGAUAUACAAAAGGACAUAUAUACAUUGGAUAUUAAAAUAGCAUCUGUAAAUAACAGUUUAAACAAAAUUGUUUUAGCUUACAACAAAGAAAUAUUUAUGCAUUUUGGUAGUGAUACUAAUAUAGAUGUCGAAGAACUUAAAAUGCCUGAAAAAGAUCUGCUAGAUCCAUAUAUUAUGGAUAAGUUAAAUGAAAAAGCUAAUUUGAUGAAUGAGUUAAAAGAUGGAUUGACAAAAAAAUUAACAAAACUGGAAUCAUAUAUAGAAGCUAAUACAAAUGAAUUAGAACUUCUACAAGAAAAAAAGAGAACUUUGCAGGAACAAAAUGUAAUUUUGCAUAAUAAGCUUAAAGAGAAAAAAGCUAAUAUCAAUAAUUAUAAAAGUGAGGAAAGCAAGUUACGAGAACAAAUACAGAUCUUGCAAAACGAAAUACAGAGUUAUCAAGAAUCUACUCCAGAUUUACAAGGCAUAACGAGCGAAAUAGAGGAAGUUAAAGAAAAAUUAGAUGCGGUAAAAAGAAGAAAAAUGUUCAUUGAACAAAAUGGGAAACGAUUUUUCGAAAAAUUAUAUGAAAUUUUUGGUGAACAUAGAAAUGAAUUAGGUCGAAUUUUAGAAAAAACUGAACAACGGUCAACAUAAAAAGAAGUUGAACAAUUUAUAAAUAAGAAUGAUUAAAUAUAAUUAUAUAAAUAAAUGACUAAAUGUAAUUAUAUAAAUAUAUAAAUUUUAAUUAUGAUUACUUGUAAGAAGAUAUAGUUUUAUUCAAAAAAAGAAGCAUUAAAAAAAAAAGAUCAAGAAUAAAAAUUUUUAACAUAACUGUUUUUUUUUUAUAAUUAAUAAAAGAAC